CGCGGCUGCCAGCGCGGGCGGCACGCUGGGCGCGGUCGCGGGCGGGGCCGGAAGCGCGCAGUGCUUCGACUGCACGGACGCGCAGUCGGAGGCGAGCUUGGGCCUGCGUGCGGCGCGAGCGCCGCCGGGGCUGCCUGUGCGGUCGGCUGGGGCGGGGCGGGCCGACCGCACCCCAGAGGAGGCCUUGCAGCAGCUGCUGGGCGGAGGCGCCUCGGGCCUGCCCCAGUGGCUGCUGCAGCCUUCGCUCUGGGAGGCCCUCUCGCGGGGGCUGCGGUUCGAGGCGGGCUCCUCGGAGGGCGGGGCGCUGGCCGUGCCGCGCGCGCAGCUGCGGGCCGCCAGGGCGGAGCUGGAGCGCUCGGGGCACGCUCGACUGGAGGGCCUGAGCUGGGACGACGUGGGGGUCUCCAUGCAGGCCAUAGCUGACACCAUGGCCUCGCUCCAGGAGCGCGGCGUACCGCCCGUCUUCGUAUUCAUGUACGGCGAGGUCUGGGCGUUGUGGCGGAGCCUCUUCGCGGCGGCGGCCGAGCUGCUCGGCGUCAGCGAGGAGGAGCUGCGCCUGGACGCGUCGGUGUUCGCGUGGGCGUUGCGGCCAGCCGGCGCCGCGGGCGAGGUCGGGAGCAACUUCGGCAGGCCCCACCGCGACGACAGCUACUCGGACUGCCACACCGCGGACGGGCGGCUGAGCAUCCUCAGCAUGUGGCUGCCCGUGGUGCCGGUGACGACGUCCAACGGCUGCAUGUACGUCGUCCCCGCCCAGCACGACCCGCUCUUCGCGGAGCCGUCGCACCCCCUGCACAUGCGACCCGAAGAGCAGAUGCCCUGGGCGCACAUUCGGCCCCUCCCGGCCUCGCCUGGGGACGUGCUCAUGUGGAAGGGCAACCUCAUCCAUUGGGGCUCUGCCCCCGACGGCGCCGGGGACCCGCGCAAGAGCAUCGCCUCCGCCUUCUUCCGGGCCGGGUCGGCGGCCGGGCAGGGCAUAAGCCUGGGCCGGUUGCGGGCUGGGCUCAGCGUGAGCGCUCGGCUGCAGCUGGUGCUGCGGGCGCUGCUGGUCUACUCGGACUGGCACCCCGGGUUCGCUGGGCUGGAGCGCGUGCUGCAGGGGCCCGGUUUUGAAAAGGCGAGGUGGUGCUGUGGGCCAUGGAGCUGUGGGGCACGCCCCGGGUGCAGACGCUGCAGGCGCACCUCGAGGCCGUCUACGCCCUCGCCAUGCUCCCGUCGGGGGAGCUGGUGACGGGAGCGGAAGACAUGCGAGUCUUCGUGCGGAGCGAUCGCGACGAGGGUGCCUUCGAGCUGGCUCAGGUGGUCGAGGAGGAAGUGCUCUGCCUGUGCGUCGUGCCCGGGACGGACCUUGUCGUCAGCGGCAGUGUGACGGCGCUGCUCACGGUGUGGGGCAGCUCGCGGUCCUGGGCCGUGGCCGCCGUGUGCGAGGGGCACAGCCAGCCGGUCUGGGCUGCCUGCUACCUUCACCAGGUCCACAAGUGCGCAAGCGGUGGGGAGGAUCACUGCGUCCGGAUUUGGAGCGCCGACACCUGGGAGUGCGAGCGGGUGCUCUGCGGCCACGAAGGCCGCGUUGCGGGGCUCUCCUUCGGCCAGCCGGGCUGGCUGCUGUCCUGCGGCAGCGACGGCACGGUGCGCGCGUGGGACUGCGGCGAGUGGAAGGAGGUUCGGGUCUUCGAUGACCAGCAGUGCGAGGCCAUCGUGGUCUACGGCGACGCGCCGCGCGCGCCGCGCGAGGAGUGCGCCUCGCCACCAGCGUGCGCCGUCGAGGGCCUCCCGCCCUCACGCGUCGAGCCCCUGCCCGCCGCGAGCGGCGCCGCCGCGGCGCCGCUGGCGGUCUGUCUCGAGGAGGUGCCCGCGCCGCCGGGCUGCCCCACGCAGGCGGCGCGCGCACGAAGGGCGAAGCUCGUGGCCGAGAUGGCGGAGAGCCCGCUUGCCAAGGUCUGCGAGGA